AUGAUUUAUUUUCAAUUAGAAGAUUUACCCAAUAAUGUCAAGUCAAUGUUAAAAUCAAUUGACCUUCUAACAAUGUGCCAUCCUGCUCAUUUAUCUGCAAAAUCAAAUCGAGAAAAGUCUUUUGAUUCGAUCGUCGAGGACCUCAAUGCUCUUCAAACAAAUGAACUUUAUAUUCCAGCUUUAGGUGGUCGAUUAGAUUUUGCAUUUUCUAUUGUUGCUGGUGAUCACUUAGCAUCUAAUGAUAUAGGUGGUUUUCAAAAAUCUUUUAGUAAUGGCCAAUUUUGUAGACAUCGUCAUAUAAAUUAUGAUCAACGAUUUAUUCAUUUAAGUGAAAUUUCUUAUGUUCAAAGAACAAAAGAUCAACAUGAUAAUUUAGUUCAACAAGUGUUACGUUUGAACAAUAAUGAUGUUAUAGGUGAUGUUAUUGAUAAAAGUCCAUUAUCAGAAUUAAUUGGUUUUCAUGCUGUUGUAUUAUUACCGAAUGAUGUUAUGCAUGAUCUACAUGAAGGUCUUUGUGGUCAAUUAUUGUUAGCAAUGUUUAAAGAGUCAUCAACAAAACGAUUUCUUUCUUACGCAGAAAUUGAAGAUAGGUUGAUAUCAUUUGAACAUGAUUCUUAUGAUAAGAAAAAUAAACCACCAUUUUUAAGAAAAAAACAUUUACAUAAAGGAAAAAUAAUUGGUACAGCAUCUCAACAAAUGUGUUUAUUUUGA